AUGCUGCCAACAGACGCCCAAUUCCAAGCCCACGGGCUGCUAGAGGUAGAGAUCGAUCCUACAUCACCAACCGCCUCGCCCAUGAUCAUAGUACACGCAUCAGCAUUGCAGUCACGGCGUGCGCCCAGUGCCGACUGGGUGUCGGGCUGGGCACGUAUCGAGCCUACUGCAGAGUAUCCCCUCCUCGACGACAUUAUCCCGAACCAGUUCGUCCGAUGGCACUUCUGUCCUCAUGACGACACCAUAUCGGCCUUGUACUUUCGACGACAGGCGCAGGUUAAAGCUCUUGAUACGGUGCCCUACAGCCUGCGUACCGUCGCCAGCUCCCCCAGUUCGCCUUCGUCUCCAGCAAUACCAGAGCAAAAGGGCUUUCCUCGUCGCUUUCGCCCGCCAGCUCGCAUUUUGGCCUGGUGGGAGGACAGCUUGGGCUUUUGGUUCGUCAUAGACGGCCAACCAACACCAUGUAUCCCCUUCCCGACCGUGUGGGCCGACACCUUGGGUGAAGACUGGCCGUGCGCGUGCGCUACAGAUGCCGACGACAAGCCAGUCCGCAAACCUUGGGCUGCAGCAAUCGACCUGCUGUUACAGGCUGUCGAAUGUCUCCAGGCAUUACACGACCGACGCAUGUCACUCAACUGGUGCCAUCCCAGUUGCUUCAUGGUCCUCAACGACAAGGUCGUUGUGAACCGUCUCUGGGACGCGACUGCACUUCCCGGUUUAUCCCUCAACUCCCUCCUCACCCCAGCCCUCGCGUCGUCGGCACUCUUUGCACGCGACCCCAUCCACCACAGCUCGUCCACCCUGAGCGAAAACUAUGUGUUUCGCCAUUUGCGGUACCUCGCACCCGAGGCCGCCAUCUCACAACGAGUGUCUCCCAGCAACGACAUUUACGGCUGGGGCGUCUUUGCAUACGAGCUUGUGACGGGCACAACGAUCGAUGGCGGUCCCGACUCGCCAGAUCUGGCCGAUAUUGACCUGUUGGCCGAUGUGCACCGACAUGUCACAACCACAGUGACACCACCGAUGGAGUAUUUGACGCAAUAUGCCGAGGAGAACAAUGUCGAACUCGACUUGCCUCCACAGCAGUUGUCAGAGAUCAUCAUGCUGGCACUCGCCAAGGACCCCGAAGAACGAUACCACUGCCUAGACGCUUUGGCAUACGACUUGAGCAAGCUCUCGCAGGUCUGCAAGGCUCAGGGCGACUUGUCAAAGUUCACCGUUGGCGAGGUGGACCGCAUGUCGCGCUUCAAGCUCCCUCGCCAAGUGAUUGAGCGUGGCCCAGAGAUAGAGACGCUGGACACUGCGUUCAACGCCGUGGCAUCAGCGACCACGUCUAGUCGAGUCAUCAACGUCUGGGGCCAGAGUGGUAACGGCAAAUCGCGCCUAGUCAACGAGUGGAUCAACCAAGUCGAAGUCUCAAACUGUCUCGUCGGCAAUGUGUCAUUGAGCGAGCACGUCAAAAAGCCUCUCGCGAGCUUUGUCGAUCUUUUCCAGUCGCUGCUCGACCGCGUCCUCACAGACCCACGAGAGGACUCCAGGACGUGGCUGGAGGAUAUGCGCGAGACGCUCGGGACGCAAUGGACCCUGUUUGCAUCACUGCUGUCCAACGACUGUCGGCGGCUCAUCAAUGUGGAUGAAGUACAUCACCCUGUUAUCGAGUCGGAAAAGUUCCUGGUCACUUUUCGGAACUGGGCAAAACGCUUUCUGCAGCUGUUCGCCACAAAACAGCGCCCCUUGCUCAUCGUCGUCGACGAUACCCAGUGGAUGUCUGCAGAUGAGAUUGACAUCUGGCGACAUAUGUUGGACGGCUCACAGCCCCUCGACCACGUACUGGUGAUCUACCUGACCAGAACAAACUCGACCGAACCUCCUCCUGUUUCGUGGACGCUGUCCCGAACCUCGGUCGGCCUGCACGUUCGCCGCCUGACAGAAGACGGCGUCGCAGCGUUUAUCAACAGCUGCUUUAGCGGCCGUGUGGCAAACUCGGAAGAAGCCAUUGCCAGCUUUCUCUACGGCGAAACGGGCGGAAGUCCCUUGUUCUUGAAAAGCCUCAUGAACACGCUGCUCAAAGACUACGUUGUUGCCUUUGACUAUGACGCCCUGCAGUGGCGCUUCGACCUGGUGGCCCUCCAGUCCCACCUGUCCGAUGCCAGCUUUGACGCCUAUUUGGAAAGUGUCAUGCGGCGGCUGCCGACAGAUGUUCACGACAUGUUGAAGGUCCUCGGCUUCUUACCAGCCAACGGAUUCCCCCUCGAAGCACUGGCCGGUGCUCUGGGCAAGGGACUCGGCGAGACUGAUAACCUCGUCCAAGUGGCCAUUGCCUCGGGCGCAGUCUCCAUCCGUGGCACCCAAGUCCGGUUCACUCAUGACAGGCAAAGGCUUGCAGCACGGUCUCUGGUUCCCGAGGCCGACGUUGGCACGAUGCACUUGCGCAUCUUCAGCUACCUUUGCCGCGACGAGUUCCUGGACGAAUACAUCUUUGACGCUGUCGAGCAAGGCAUCAUCGCGCGAGACAUGGGAAUCGCUGUCACCGAGGACAGCCGCCUGGUCAGUCUUCUCAUUGACGCCACUCAGUGCGCCAGCCUGGUGGCCAAUUUCACCUUGGCCAAGAACUUUGCCACGAGCGUGCAGAGCAUCAUCGACGCCUCGGGCGGCUUUGAGACUUGGAUUGUGGACCACCGAGACCUCUGCUUCAACCAUGUGCGCCUGUUGACCGACGUGGCGAAUGUCUUUCACGAGCACGACCUUGCUUUCAAGGUCCUGGAGAGCAUGAAGCCGCUGUGCCGCACGUCCACUGAGAAGAUUACCAUUUCAACAACACAUAUCCGCCAACUUAUUUCGGAUAACCAGCAUGUCACGGCGAUUGAGCACCUGUUCCAGACGCUCGACGAGUUUGGCUUCAACCCCGAGGCUCCAACAGCUGUGCCCCUGUGGGCUCCAAAGAGCCCUCAGGAUGUCGAAGCUUUCAGGCGGGAAAUGAUCUUUGACGACCCGUUUACGGGCGAUGAAGAUGGAGUCCUCAUCAUGUCCCUCAUCAGCUAUGCGGGCCCCUCCAUCUACGUCACCAAUCCUGAACGUCGUCAGGCCGUCUUCCAGGUUGGACUGUCGAUCGCCAAGCAUGUGAAGCGCGUCCACGAGAGUGCCUCGUAUCUCAUCACGGUGCACGCCUUGACAAAGAUUGAUGACCCUCCCACGCAAUACGCCCUGAUAAAGCUUGGCGGCGACGUUUGUGACCGGUACCCAACUUCGCUGUUUACCAACAGCUCGCGCAUUGCCAUUGCCGCGCAGGCUCAUCUGUUUUCGCCCCUGAAGGACGUUGUCGAGCCCAUGACCCGCGCGUUUGACGCAUCUCUCGCACUGGCCGACUAUCAGAUUGCAGCUUAUGUCGUUGCCCUCGACUUGACAACACGUAUAUUCGGCCCCAUGCCUGUGGAAUGGGGCAUUGUUGCUCGUCGGUACGACAUGAUCAAGCCGUACGCGACCGCCACGCACCACGUCUGGUUUCAUCUUCUCGUCCAGCACGCCGAAAAUCUGUCACGUGCGAGCAAGGUCCGGCCCUGGGACAUGGAGGGCCCGUUCUUCAUCCCGCAUGACCUCGAUGGGAUCGAAGGCCUGCAUCUGCACAAGGCCAUCUACGACAUGUUGCGGCUUCGCUUGCAGCUGUUGUUUGAUGCGCCAGAAGCAGAGAUCAAGGCUACCCUCGCUGCCGGUCGAUCAUCGUUACAGUUCAGCCUUGGCCUCGCCAUCGGCACCGAAUUCCAGUUCAUUCUGGCAAUGGCACAGCUGCGGGUGGAGGAAGAUACCGACCUCUUGGACGCGGUCCGCAAGUCCAUAUCGCCAUACGCCGAGUUUUCACCCGACCUUCGUGCACGCCUGGACGUCUUGUCGGCACUCGAGGACCUGAAAGGCCAGGGAGCAACGUUUGAGACCCUGCACAUGGUCGACGAGAUGACCACUUCGCUGGACGAGGGGGGACAGUACAUGCUGUCUGGGUUUGUCAACUUUUGCUUUGCAAAGGCUUUGGAGGAACGUUCGGGCUCGGCAAAGCUGGCGGCCGGCUACAUCCGGGCUGCCUUCAACUCGUACCGUGCUGGUGACGCCGACGGGCUCUGCCUUAUGCUUCGUGCUAGGUACCCUGCCCAUUGCUCCACCAUUGCGAUUACUCCGCGCGGUCCAGCCGACUUUUUCAGCCCCGACGCGAUCCCCCAGCUCCGCCGCAUCUCGGUUGCGACCACAGCGGAAACAGCGUCCUCCUCGAUUCCCCGGUCCGAGGUCAUCGCAGACGGCACGAGCUCGCCGUCACUCGAGCCUACCAUCAACUCGAUCAACGACAAUCUCGAUACUUUGACAUUGAUGCGGUCCGCCAUCGCCCUCGCUCAGCACAAGGACAGCCUAGCACUGCUAGGAGAGCUGCUCAAGAUCCUGUGCCAGUUCACCCGCUGCGAUUAUGCUGCUAUUGGGCUGAGCGACGAUGACGACAGGUCCAUCAUCCGCCUCAAGGCCGCGGGACCGUUCAAUAGAAUCGUGUCAUACGACCUGGACAUCAGCGACGAUGCUGCACAGAGCAUCUGUCCCACCACCGUCAUGCUCCAUGUGGCGCGCACAGGUAUUCCUAUCCGCAAACCAGUCAAGAUGUCCCGCUUGCGCAAUGACCCAUUCUACAACAACCGUCAGCCCCGCACGCUCCUGUGUCUCCCCAUCAUCAACCAAGGCGUUCAAACUGGCGUCAUCCUUCUCAUGUCCAUGACCUCGGCCAGUCCGACUGUUCAGUACGAGUCCGCACCAGAGAUCGUCAGCACGCUUGCGACAUUCGCGUACAUCAUCCACCUGCACCACAUCUUCACUAGCCGCCUCAAGACGGAGGUCACUCAGCGAACACGCGAGCUCAGCUCGGCCCUGCAAGCCAAGACGCAGUUCCUAUCCCAGUGCAGCCACGAGUUGCGUAGCCCCCUCGCUGCCAUCAUGGGUCUCGCUGCGGUGCUCGAGGCCAGCCAGGGUCUCACAGCAGUUCAGCGAGAACACCUCCAGACGAUCAUGAACAGUGGCCAAGACCUGCUGGCGCUCAUCUCCAACAUUCUCGACCACUCCAAGCUCGAGUCCAACUCUGUUUUGCUCGAGCACAUUCCAUUCAACGUCCGUAACGUCGUCGAGGGCGCCCUAGACAUGGUCGCUCCAGUGGCACAGUCCAAGAACGUCGAACUCACCGUGCUAAGCAUGUUCAAGAACGACCCGCCAGGUCUACUCGGCGACCCCUUCCGGGUCAAGCAGGUGCUACUCAACCUGCUGUCCAACGCCGUCAAGUUCACACCUCCGGGAGAAAAGGGCAAGCGUACCGCACGUGUCACUGUCAAACGCACUUGGGAGGAAGUCGAGAAUCAAAUCAUGAUCAGCAUCACCGUCGAAGACAAUGGUGUGGGCAUUCCGGCAUCCAGGCUGAGCAAGCUUUUCAAGAGCUUUUCGCAAGUAGACGAAUCGAUUACACGGUCCUAUGGUGGCAGUGGUCUGGGACUUGUCAUCUCACGCGACCUCGCUCGCCUCCUCGGCGGCGACUGUGUGGUCGAGUCCGAGUUUGGCAAAGGGUCCAAGUUUACGUUUACCUUUGUCGCCACACGGGACCCAGACUGGGCGCCGACACCGCUGCGCAAGUUUACCAUCACCCAGUCAGUUUUCAUCUUCGUCCAGGCCGACAUGGUGUGGGGUAAAGUGCUCGAGGAAGAUCUCAAAGAGUUCAACUGUGCGCCAACACGGUUCACAGAGGACAAGCUUGCGCUCAAGGAGGGUCAUCCUGGCGGCCUCAACUCGGGCCAACACUACGCCUUCAUCCUCCUGGACGCCUCGAUGAUCGAUCGCGAUACACUCACGAGGAUGCGCCAGCUCCAGCCGAACGCAAAGUUCAUGUUCGUGUCCCGUGCAACCGAGAUUUCUCUCGAGAUGGACCGCCUCCAGAUCCCGCGCGACUCGAUCCUCGCGCGCCCGCUCAAGUUCCAGGCUCUCAACGAGCUGUUCCUGCCCACCCCUGUCCCACGUCUCAACAAUCGCAUCUCCUCCCGCAAGGCCAUUGACCCCAACCUCGGAAAGGAGAAGCCGCUUCACGUGCUCGUUGUCGAUGAUUCGACUGUCAACAUUUCCGUCUGCACGCGGAUCCUCGAAUUGUUCGGCUACACUAGCGUCGACUCUGCUCUGGACGGGAUGCAAGCGACCGAGUGUGCCGAGAGGAAGCGCUACGACCUUAUUCUCCUCGACCUCCAGAUGCCCGUCCUCGACGGCUUUGGAGCCCUCAAACGUAUCCAGGCAAGCCCAUUGGCAGGCGAGCCGUGCUGCGUCUCUCUCUCCGCAAACGUCGACAAGGCCACCCAAACUAGAUGUCUCGAAGCCGGAUUUUUUGGUGUAUUGUGCAAGCCCGUCGACAUUCCCAAACUCGGCCAAGUCUUGGUCGACGUGUACCAUUACCGCAUGAAGCGCAAGGCAGACCUCGCCAACCCGUUCCGACAGCUGCCCGCCAGGGCCACCACUUUGGCUCCCAUUGCUCUGCAGCCACCACCACAGCCCACUGCCCGCCGCCGAGACACUUCGCCCAGCAAGGGCAUGACCAGCUCUCAGGCAACCUGA